AUGUACACAGGAAUAUGUUUAAACCGAUACCCUGCAGUCUUUCCCCCCCUCUCGCUGACAGGCCUGAUCCAAGUAACCGGAGCCCCGAGCUGUCCGAAACCGGGGAGUGGGCCGCAGAUGGCCUCUGGGUGCCCCACUAGCGGUCAGCUCCGCCCCCGGGUCACGGGUUGGACUCCUACCAGCCCCACGUACGGUCAGCCCUGCCCCCAGCUCACGGUUUGGACCACCACCAAGACGCUCUACCCGUCAGACAGCCGGCCAGCAUCCUAA